AUGCCGAGUGAUUUGGGCACAUGGUUCAGGACGAUUCCGAUAGUCACUAGAUAUUGGUUUGCCCUUUCUGUUGUCAUUCCACUGCUGGGAAGAUUCGGCCUCAUUAAUCCGCUAUGGAUGUACCUGGACUGGGAUCUGAUUUUGUACCGAUUUCAUUUUUGGCGACCCCUCACUGCACUAAUAUUCUAUCCUGUGUCGCCACAGACUGGUUUUCAUUGGUUAUUGAUGCUCUACUUUUUGUACAACUACUCGAAGAAUUUGGAGUCCGGAGUAUUUUCGGGGAGACCAGCAGACUAUCUCUACAUGCUGAUAUUUAAUUGGUUGGUCUGCACGGGAAUUUGUAUGGCAGCUGGUGUGUAUUUCCUGCUUGAACCUAUGGUGCUCAGUGUUCUGUAUGUAUGGUGUCAACUCAACAAAGACACUGUGGUAUCAUUUUGGUUUGGAACACAAUUCAAGGCCAUGUAUCUCCCCUGGAUUCUAUGUGGUUUCAAUGCAGUUCUACGAGGUGGUGGCAUGAACGAACUGCUGGGCAUUCUUGUCGGUCACACCUACUAUUUCUUGGCCUUCGACUACCCUCUUCAACAUGGCGGGUCCUCCUUCUUACGAACACCACAGUUUUUGUACAACUAUCUCCCUAAUGAGGAAGGUGGGGUGCACGGAUUCGGAGCGGAAAGAGUUAAUCAGCGUCGUGAUGGUGCCGGAGGCGGCAGACAUGUGUGGGGUCGGGGACAAGCUUUAGGUGGGGAUUAA